UACAAAAUCACCUCUCUCACAUCUUGAGAAACACAACAUUCAAGCAUCCAACUCCUUUUAGAGGAAGAGAGAAGAAACAAGUAUUUAAAAACAGAGAUGGCAGGAUGCAUCAUGGAUGAAGAAGAGAUAUGGAAGUGUACAACCCACCCUUCAAAACGCCGUCGUACCGGUAUUUGCCCUAUUUGUCUUCGUGACCGACUCAACACUCUGUGCCCUAAUUGCGCGCACGUGCGCCCUUGCGAAUGUUGUCCCCUCGCCGCUGCCGCCGCCUCGUCAUCGUCUGCGUCGUCGUCGUCAUCUUCUUUCUCUUUGUUCUCGUCUACCUCCACCUCCGGCGAGCCGUCGAUGCGCCGGUCAAGAUCACUCGCCAUUCCAUUCCUCCGGUCGCGUUCAAAGUACGCGCCUAACCUCGAAUUCAUCGAUCAAAAGCCGCCGCCGCCGCCGCCCUCUCAACCUCCGGUAAAAGCGCCCGAUCAAAGCUUGCCGUUGCCGUUGCCUCCGCCUCCGGCGAAUGAUCAGAAGCCGCCCUUGCCGGGGAAGAGCGGCAAGAGCAAAACGGCGUCGUUGUUGUCGAUGUUCAAGACGAAUAAGAGCAAGAAACUGGGAGAGAUUAUAGAGAAAGAGAAGGAAGAGGAGUUGAAUAAGACGAGUAGUGAUUUUGCAUGGAUGAUGAGAAGAUCAAGAUCAGUCGCGGUUCCAAAGUCGUUGAAUUCACGCGCCGCCGAGAGUGACUCGGCGGGGAAGACACGUGGAUGGCAUUUUCCGAGUCCAAUGAAUGCUUUCCGGCAGUCAAAGGCAUCUAAAGUGCUUGAAGAACACCCCCAGUCAACAAUGUGUAAAGUCUGAAUAUAUAUUCUCGUUAUAUGUUUAAUCUUUGUAUUGCUUUUUCUGCUUUCGAACGAUAUUCGUUGUCUAACCUGAAUAUAUGAAUGAAAAUAAAAAUCGAUAGAAUGCAA